AUGCCAGAGCCGGAUACGACUCCUAUGCCUCCCGUGCCGGAGCCGAGCACGGCCCCUAUGAUCGUGGAAGCACAGGAGGAGGAGACGGACGAGGACGAGUGUUGGGCCAACGUCGAGCACCACAGCCUCCAACAUUGCUCCUGGCUCGAGUGCGCCCGCAGCCAGCUCCCAGAGCGUCGUUAUGCAGGGGAAAAUUGCGGAUCUAGCCUUGUUCAGGCAGCGAGCCAGCGAAAGGAGGCAGGGAGUGUUGUCCCAAGUACGUGGGGCACAGCAGCCUGUGACUCCACCGAAGGCCCCAGGCUCAACAGCUAUGGUGCCAAAUACGCCCCCAAAGGGGCCAACUACACCACCGAAGUCUCCGAUUACACCACCAAAGGGGCCAACUACACCGACGAAGUCGCCUAUUACGCUCCCGAAGGAGCCUAUGGCGACACCGAAGACGCCGAGUACGCCUCCAGUGGCACCUGUGGUUUCCCCGAAGCCGCCGGCAAGGGCAGUGAACAUUUGGACGGCGACACCGCCGCCGCCAAAGAGGGUGGUCGCAAAGGGCAAGGCGAGGACGGCUUCCGCACCAAAGGCGCCACAGGGGACGCCACCAAAGACUACGAAGCUCCAGGAGGAGCCACCGAAAACCCCCACGGCACCAGCUUCAACUCCGGGGGGGGGCACAGAGCCACCGGAG